AUGGCUGACAAGGAAGCGGCCUUUGACGACGCGGUAGAAGAACGUGUGAUCAACGAGGAGUACAAAAUAUGGAAGAACACCCCUUUUUAUGAUUUGGUGAUGACCCAUGCCCUGGAGUGGCCCAGCUUAACGGUCCAGUGGCUUCCAGAUGUGGCCAGGCCUGAAGGAAAAGAUUUCAGCAUUCAUCGGCUUGUCCUGGGAACACACACAUCAGAUGAACAAAACCACCUGGUGAUAGCCAGUGUCCAGCUCCCUAAUGACGAUGCUCAGUUUGAUGCAUCCCAUUAUGACAGUGAAAAAGGAGAAUUUGGAGGUUUUGGUUCUGUCAGUGGGAAAAUUGAAAUAGAAGUCAAGAUCAACCAUGAAGGAGAAGUAAACAGGGCCCGGUACAUGCCUCAGAACCCUUGCAUUAUUGCAACAAAGACUCCAUCCAGUGAUGUUCUUGUUUUUGACUACACAAAGCACCCUUCUAAACCAGACCCUUCUGGAGAAUGCAACCCAGAUUUUCGUCUCUGUGGACAUCAGAAGGAAGGAUAUGGGCUUUCUUGGAAUCCGAACCUCAGCGGGCACUUGCUUAGUGCUUCAGACGACCAUACCAUCUGCCUGUGGGACAUCAGUGCAGUUCCAAAAGAAGGAAAAGUGGUGGAUGCAAAGACCAUCUUUACGGGGCAUACAGCAGUAGUGGAGGAUGUUUCCUGGCACCUGCUCCACGAGUCUCUGUUUGGGUCAGCUGCUGAUGAUCAGAAACUUAUGAUUUGGGAUACUCGUUCAAACAAUACUUCCAAGCCAAGCCACUCAGUUGAUGCUCACACAGCUGAAGUGAAUUGCUUAUCGUUCAAUCCUUACAGUGAGUUUAUUCUUGCCACAGGAUCGGCUGACAAGACUGUUGCCUUGUGGGAUCUGAGAAAUCUGAAACUCAAGUUGUAUUCCUUUGAAUCACAUAAGGAUGAAAUAUUCCAAGUUCAAUGGUCGCCUCACAAUGAGACUAUCUUAGCUUCCAGCAGUACUGAUCGUAGGCUGAAUGUCUGGGAUCUAAGUAAAAUUGGAGAAGAACAGUCCCCAGAAGAUGCGGAGGAUGGCCCACCAGAGUUGUUGUUUAUUCAUGUUGGCCACACUGCCAAGAUAUCUGACUUCUCCUGGAAUCCCAAUGAGCCUUGGGUGAUUUGUUCUGUAUCAGAAGACAAUAUCAUGCAAGUGUGGCAGAUGGCAGAGAACAUUUAUAAUGAUGAAGACCCUGAAGGAAGUGUGGAUCCAGUGGGACAGGGAUCCUAGACACGUCUGAACUUGUGAUUUUAGACUCUCCUUGUUCUCCUUUGAACCCU